AAAAUGAUAAACAAUCACGCUCUUGUUUUGGUUCCACCGCCACCUUUGAAAUUCACCUUAAACGACUGGCAUCUUAAUAAUCGUUAUAGGUAUCGAUGUUCCAAAGCACAGCAAGAGUUAGCAGAUCGGCUACUAGCCGAAACGCGGCGAGUAUGCGAAUUGAGCACCGAGGAAGCACGAGGCAACAAGGAAGAGACAGAUUACAGACUUAACGAAAAAUUGGAGGAUAUCGAGUUCUGUAAAAAAGAAUUAUUACGCAUAAGGAAAGAAGUACUUCUCGAAAAAGAUGCCUUAUUAACAUAUAAAGAACGCAUUAUGGAUGCUUUGUCAUCCGUGAGGAGGAAUGCUCUAGUUAUUUGCGAGAAAUGUCUAAUACUUAGAGAGCAUAGACUGGGGAUCGAUCUAGUUCGCGACAAUGUCGACAGAGAAUUGUUACAAGAAUGCGAGGUGAUCAAGGGCGCCGAAAAUCUAUUAACGCGAACUCUUGAACAAACUCAGGAACAAAUACGCCGACUAAAAUCGACGCUCUAUUACAUGGAUAACGACCUGGAAGCUAAAGAGAACAACUUGCGUAUAGACAGACAUAAUUUGACUCUGAAAGAGACCAGCAUGAACUUGAGCAUUUACCAUGGCACUUCGCGGCUCGAUCCUUCAUCCAUAGAACUGAACGAAUGGGAAAUGCAAACGAACAACAACAUCGUUGCAGCAUCGAAAGAAGUAAACAGCGCGAGACCGUUGCGUUGUUACAUCGACAAGAUAAUACAACAAGCGAUCGACGAUUUGAGAGAUCAGAAGAAUGCCACCGACGAAGCUUUCAGACGACGCAUCGAAGAAACGAAAGAAGUCAAAAUGAAAUUAGAAUUACAGCACUCCGAGAUAAUGCGACAGGCAAAUGAAAUGAAAGACAACAUCACGCGUAUAGAGAAAUCAAUCGCGGAAAAGGAAUGCUAUUUAGCUUUGGCGCACACCAGGCUCGGUAAUCGUUGCCAACGACCUGGUCUAGAACUCACACGAGAUUUGGUGGAGAUACAACUGGUCAAAGAGGUAUAUGAACUACGAGAAGUCGUGUCCAAUUUGCAAGCAGCUAUGUUCGAGGCACAAGCGUCGUUCCGUUAUCUACUGAAAACGCAAAUUCAAAUCGAAGAAGAUAUCAAUAUUAAAAUGAAUACGCUGAAGAUCGACGAGGUUGACUGUAUGACUCUUCGUCAGAGCAUGAAUUACCACGCGUACUAAAUUAAUUCAUAUGCCGAAUGAUAUUCAAAUUUGAAAGCUAUAUAAUCCUGUCUCUUAUGUUAUAUCUACGUUUAUACAAAGCGUUCAUAA